UUCAAACAGUUGUGGAGGGCUGUGAGUGUUGAGGGAAUGCAUGAAGUCAAGAUAGAAGAGUAUCUACGGCGCAACGGCAUCACCUCCAUGUCUGCAGACAAGAAAAUCUUUACCCUGGCGACCAAGCAAAAACGGGCCGGACAGAAGCGAGCCUCAAAUCGUCCUGUUAAGCUGAAGGAUAAUGAACAUCUGCAGGACAUAUUGAAGGAUUUCUCGCAGAAGUGA